AUGGUUAGAGAGACAGAGAGAGAACCCUGGAGGCCAGCCCCAAGCCAGCCCCAAGCCAUCCCCAAGCCAUCCCCAAGCCAGCCCCAAGCCAGCCCCAAGCCAGCCCCAAGCCAGCCCCAAGCCAGCCCCAAGCCAUCCCCAAGCCAUCCCCAAGCCAUCCCCAAGCCAUCCCCAAGCCAUCCCCAAGCCAUCCCCAAGCCAUCCCCAAGCCAUCCCCAAGCCAUCCCCAAGCCAUCCCCAAGCCACAUCCCCAAGCCAUCCCCAAGCCAUCCCCAAGCCAUCCCCAAGCCAUCCCCAAGCCAUCCCCAAGCCAUCCCCAAGCCAUCCCCAAGCCAUCCCCAAGCCAUCCCCAAGCCAUCCCCAAGCCAUCCCCAAGCCAUCCCCAAGCCAUCCCCAAGCCAUCCCAAGCCAUCCCCAAGCCAUCCCCAAGCCAUCCCCAAGCCAUCCCCAAGCCAUCCCCAAGCCAUCCCCAAGCCAUCCCCAAGCCAUCCCCAAGCCAUCCCCAAGCCAUCCCCAAGCCAUCCCCAAGCCAUCCCCAAGCCAUCCCCAAGCCAUCCCCAAGCCAUCCCCAAGCCAUCCCCAAGCCAUCCCCAAGCCAUCCCCAAGCCAUCCCCAAGCCAUCCCCAAGCCAUCCCCAAGCCAUCCCCAAGCCAUCCCCAAGCCAUCCCCAAGCCAUCCCCCAUCCCAAGCCAUCCCCAAGCCAUCCCCAAGCCAGCCCCAAGCCAGCCCCUGGACAUCAGAUAA